AUGGCUGCAGGUCGUUUGUUAGCACAUGAGGUAGCUGACCUCUGUCUAGGCAAACCACCUCUGAAAUCACUCUCUAUCUCCGCCACCGUCCGCGACGCCUUAACCGUCCUCAAGUCCAUUGACGACACCCACCUCAGCAUUUGGAGCUGCUGCCACAACUACUCUUCCGUUUCCCAUCAAUCAUUUAUCAAAAAUGAUUGCCAAUGUAUAGGAAAAAUCUGCAUGGUAGACAUCAUUUGCUACCUUUCCAAAGAAAACAACAUUAAGUCUCCUUCAUUAGCACUGGAUUCCCCUGUUUCUGUCUUGUUGUCGCUUGAUUCUGUUUCUGUUAGGCACGUUGAUCGCGCAACAAGUUUAGUGGAAGCUAUAGAUUUAAUUAUAGAAGGAGCACAACAUCUUGUAGUACCAAUCAGCAGCAGGAGCACGAUGAAUUCGAGACGAAAACAAAGUAGUCUACAUCAAGAAUUGUCAUCAUUUGCACCUACGACACAUUCGGGUGGCAUUGAAUUUUGUUGGGUGACACAAGAAGAUGUGAUCAGGUUUUUGUUGAGCUCAAUUGCCCUUUUCUCCCCAACAGCUGCUUUCUCAGUUGAGUCCCUUGGAAUCAUUAGCCCGGAUAUCUUGACAGUCAAUUAUGACUCCCCUGCUUCUAGUGCAUUGGGAGCUAUUAUGACUUCUCUUGUAGACCAAACUUCUGUGGCGGUUAUUGAUGAUGAUGAUGGAUUGUUGAUUGGUGAGAUAUCUCCAUUUACAUUGGCGUAUUGUGAUGAAACCGCUGCAGCAGCUAUAUCCACGUUGUCUGCAGGGGAUUUGAUGGCCUAUAUUGAUUGUGGUGGACCGCCCGAAGAGAUAAUGAACUUGGUAGAAGCUAGACUAAAAGAGAGGAAUCUGAAAGGAAUGUUGGAUGAAUUUUUGGCUUACUCAUCCGGAAUUCCAUUAAUCCCUAGUGAGUUUUCAUCACCAUCAUCAUCUUCUUCUGAAGAUGAUGAAAUGUCGCCAUAUUCGAGUACAAUGAAGGCUAAUAAUAGGUUUAGCCGGUCAAGUAGUUACUCUGCUAGGAUAACAAGGAGAGCUGAGGCCAUCGUCUGCUACCCUGGGAGCUCGUUGGUUGCCGUGAUGAUUCAGGCAAUUACACAUCGAGUGAGCUAUGUUUGGGUGAUUGAAGAGGAUUGUAGUGUUGUUGGAAUUGUGAGGUUUUCUCGUAUGUUGGAAAUUUUUCGGGCACAUUUGGAGAGAAUGAUCAACUAGAUGAAAAAGAUGGACUAUUUUUGAAGAAGAAAUUGGUUGAAGGUUAUUUAUGUACAUAUGAGUUAGUUGUGGGGUUAUUUUUGUAUUUUAAAAUUGAGGAUCUUGUUUGGUUAAUUCAUAUGAAUUGAUAUGGGUUGAUUAA